UCCUGGGGCAGGGAGUCCUCUUGUCGGCCGUGUGCUCUUCGGCGCGGUCGUCCAGCGGCCUGCCGACGUGGCGGCGGAAGAAGAUCAGCUGUGCGGCAUAGAACUGAUCACCAUGUCCCAGGCUGCCCCCUCUGACGUGGACCCGUCAGCAGACACUACCGGACCAUCGGUCCAACCCCCCCUCGCCCAACCAGACUCCUGUCAGGAUGUCCCAGCAGCCCUCACACCGCCCUCGGCCCCCCCGCAGCCUCCUGAGAGUAUCAACCUCACACAGUCCCCUGAGGAGAUGACCACGGAGGAUGCUGCCACCAGGCCCGACUCUUCAGAGGAUCUGACUGAUCAGCCAAUGGAGUGUGCCUCUGAGGGUCAGCUGAUCGUAUGUGAUCAGCCAGUGAGCCUGGAGCCAGAGUCGGAGGCUGCAGAGGAGGAUGUGGAGAGGUCAAUGCAGGACACAGAGAAAGCUUGGGGAGGAUGGGGUUCAUGGGGGAAAUCUCUUCUGAGCAGCGCCUCCUCCUCUGUGGGUCAGAGUCUGAGCUCCGUUAAGGUGAAGGCGGGAGAGGCCCUGCGUCUCCACAGGCCCUCAGUGGGAGAGGAGGCGAGAGAAGAGGAGGAGGAGAGAGCAGAGGUGAAGAGAGAGGGAGGAGGAGAGAGUGCAGAGGCUGACUCGUCCACCUCUGUGGAGUCUUCUUCCCCGACUGCAGCAGCUUCUAGCAGAGGGGUUUUCUCCUCAAUCACACAUGCUGUGCAGAACACAGGCAAGUCAGUGAUCAGUGGAGGUCUGGAUGCUUUGGAGUUCAUCGGGAAAAAGACGAUGAAUGUUCUGGCUGAGAGCGACCCAGGUUUCAAAAAGACCAAGACCCUGAUGCAAAAAACGGUGUCACUGAGUCAGAUGUUGAAGGAGGCCAAGGAGAAGGAGCGGGCACGUCUGGAUAACCACCCAAUCAGUGCUCCCACAGCCCACUAUGGGAUUCUGUUUGACGACUACCAGGGCCUGUCACACCUCGAGGCCCUGGAGAUUCUGUCCAAUGAGAGCGAGACCAAGGUUCAAGCGUUCCUGUCCUCCCUGGUGGAAGAGGAGCAGGACGAGGUGAAGAAGGAGCUGAUUCUAAUCAAGGAUAUUUUCAUCAAACGAGAGGAGGAGGACGAGGAGGGGGAUGAAGAAGGAAAAGAAGGAGAACAGACGAAGGAUAACGGUGAUCUAAGUUCCCAAUUACACUGUUCUACCCCCCUGUCUGCUGAUGGUGAAGAGUUUGUGAGUGUUCUCACUGAGCUGCUGUUUGAGCUUCAUGUUGCUGCCACGCCAGACAAACUCAACAAGGCUCGGAUGAGGGCCCACGAUUGGGUGAGUGAGGUGGAACAACCUGUCACUACGGAGACAGUUGGCAGGGAAACGCAGGACCAGCAGGGAGGAGAGGCCACAUCUGUAGGGAAUGAAAAGGAGGAGAAGGAGGAAAGUGGAGAGGAGCAGGGGGAGCCGAUGAAGGGAGGAGAGGAAAAGGAGAAGAAGGAGAAAGAGAACGACUCCAGAUCUGUAGAGACUGUCUACCUGUCAUCAGUAGGCAGUUUGGCUGAAGUGACAGCUCGCAGUAUCGAGCAGCUCCACAAGGUGGCAGAGCUCAUCCUCCACGGUCAAGAGUUGGAGAAACCAGCCAGAGACCAGGCCCACAUCCUCACCAGGUUGACAUGUGCCAUGUGUAAGGAGGUGGAGUGUUUGGCCAAGAAGUUCUCUGAUACGCUGCUUCUUGUCGGGGGCCAGAGGAAAGCAGAGGAGCUGAACCCACUGGCAGACAGUGUUCUGUUAGAGGGCUCCAACAGUACCAACUACAUCCAGAAUGCAUUUCAGCUGCUGCUUCCCGUCCUGCAGAUCUCCCACAUCCAGAGCCAACACUGCCAACCCACCACAGAACCAGCGGCACAGACAGAGCACUAACCACUAACCACUACACACACACACACACACGCACGUGCCACCUGACCACCCGCUUGUCUUAAUAUAUCUGUUGUUGUACAGUGAGGUAAAGAGACUAUUCCAGAUUAAGUGCUUAUAUCUAUAUUAAUGGCCGCAGCAACAGGCAGAAGAUGUUGUUUAUAUGCAGAAUAUAAUCUUGAAGAUGAACUGAUACAUGUAGGAAUGUGUGUUUCCUCCACCUCGUAUCUCUGAAUGUUACUUUGCUUUGAGGAACCAAACGAUGUUCGGAGCUGAGCCUCACUCUGUCGAAUACAGAACCAAAAACCUAACUGAUUGUGUUGAAGGGAUUCUACAUUAAUGUAUAUUAAGCAUUGUUUGCACUCAUUAUGGUCCAUUGAUAUUAUAACAGAAAGCGUUUUGAAUAACACUAGUCAAAUGUCUGUUUUUCAGAAGUGUUUUCAUCGGAUUUGAGACUAAUGGUCAGUAUUAGCAAUGAUACGUCUCAGUUUUUGCUCAGUUUUUUGUUAAAUUAUAUGAAGCGACACCUUAAACGUCUCUCUCAUUCAGUUUGAUAUGAAAGAAAACGCCUAUCUUCAUAUUUUGAAUUAGAAAACAUUCAGUUCUCCUUCACUGAAGACGUAGUGAAGCUGAAAUCAUCUCUAAUUUUGUUAACUUGUGCUGCUACACUGAAAACACUAUUCUGACAUUUUGGGGAAAAACAAACAAGUGUAUUUUCCACCACGAAAAAUUUGCAUCAGCCAAAACAUGUUUGUGUCUUUUAAUUUUCUCUGGCCCCUCUUGAACAAAGGCUUUUAAUAUAAUAUUGUUCAAAUCUAUAAAUUCAUACACUAAUUGAUCCGCAGAGGGAAAAGCUUUUUUUCCUUCUCUCGACUUUGACCACCUGAGAAGUUUAAUGGCGAGGUGCUCACAGUGCAUCUGUUUUUUAAUACCCACUGUUAAAUUGACUGUUAGCUCCCAGCCUGUAUUUAAUUAGACCUCUGUAAAAUAAAAUAACCUUUACCCCUUUUUACAUCUCCGAGAUUUAUUGAUACAGGCAAGAAAAGCUGCUCAGAUUAAGCAAAGAAAAUAUUAGUCAGGCUCUGUCAUAAUAUUUUGGCUCAGCGCUGCUUCUGCCUCAGAAUAUGAAAUGAUUUGUAAUGUGAGCUGGAAAAUCUGUGGGAGCCAAGUCAUUUAUUCAACUGUGGACAGUUUGCUAAUGUGUUCAGCCUGCCCUCUAAUGGAACGCCCUAAGACUGUUAGAGGAUGAGAUGUAGAAAAUAAAUACGUUUUAAUCAUC